AUGUUCGGACCGUCAAAGCCGUAUUUUGGCAUGACGGGAAAAUGGCUCACAUUCUGGGUUACGGUUGCGUGUGCAACUGACAUGACUCUGUUCGGAUACGACCAAGGUGUCUUCGGUGGUGUCAUCAUCACUCCUAAUUUCCUCGACCAGCUUGAUCUUGUUGGUAAGACGUCGUUGAUCAGCACCGUGACGGCUAUCUACGACAUUGGAUGUUUCGUUGGUGCUCUUUCUGUUUGUGCAAUUGGCGAUCCGCUUGGGAGGAAGAAAUGCGUGCUUUUGGGAACUACGAUUAUGAGCAUUGGAGCGAUCAUCCAAACCGCCUCGUUCGGCGUACCAGAGAUGAUUGUGGGAAGGAUUAUUGCCGGUAUAGGCAAUGGCAUCAAUACGUCAACAGCACCGGUUUGGCAAGGCGAGACAUCGAAGGCAAGCUGGCGCGGCAAACUCAUUGUCAUUGAGAUGAUCAUGAACAUUGCUGGUUUCUCAUUGUCUAAUUGGGUCACAUAUGGAUUCUCCUUUGUUGGAGGACCAGCUGCAUGGCGCGUGCCUCUUGCUUUCCAAUUUCUGUUCAUCUUCAUCUUAUUCGGAACGGUACCGUGGCUUCCGGAAAGUCCGCGCUGGCUCAUGGCAAGGGGACGCAUCGAAGAGGCAGAAAAGAUCCUUGCAGAUCUGGAAGCUACCGAUGUCUCCGAUCCAUUUAUCAUCACACAGUCAAAAGAUAUCCAGUGGGCAGUGCAGUACGAGAAGGACCACGCGGUGCGCUGGCGUGACUUGCUACGCGGUCGGACUGGCGACCAGGCAGGAACCCACACGAUUAGAAGAAUGCUUCUUGGAAUGGGUACCCAAGCUAUGCAGCAGCUUUCCGGCAUCAACGUCACGUCAUACUACCUACCAACUGUAUUGAUUGAAUCCGUGGGUCUAACAAACAAUCUCGCCCGUCUGCUCGCCGCAUGCAACUCCGUGUCCUACCUUCUCUUCUCCUUGAUCGGUAUACCUAACGUGGAGCGCUGGGGACGCCGAAAGAUGAUGAUGUACGCUGCAGCGGGGCAGUUCUUCUGCUAUACGAUCAUCACAAUAUGUAUUCGCUACAACGAACAAGAUGCACUGCCGAUCGAAACCCGGAGGAAGUGGGCAGAAGGGUCAAUUGCGUUCUUCUUCCUGUACUAUGUCUUCUUCGGCAUCGGAUGGCAGGGUGUGCCAUGGCUUUAUCCCACCGAAAUCAACUCCAUGGCGAUGCGAACUAAAGGUGCUGCACUUGGAACUGCAACAAACUGGAUCUUCAACUUCAUGGUCGUCGAAAUCACGCCUCCAGGCAUUGAAAGCCUUAAAUGGAAGUUUUACAUCAUAUGGACGGUCUUCAAUUUUGCUUUUGUCCCUAUAGCUGGACGCACGCUAGAGGAUAUAGAUCGCUUAUACGUCGGAGAGACACCACUCCUGAUCUUCAGAGACAAAGAAGCCAUUGCCGAGAAGCGCCCGGAAAGAUUCAUCCAGCAUGAGGCAGCCGAAGUCAGACGACACAGCAGCGUCGUUCCGGCGCAUGUUAGAGCUGCAAACCAGGCUGUUCGAAAGAGCAACGAUGAGAAGGAAGAUGGUGGCGAUUAUCGCGAG